CUGGCAGUGAGAUCCUGUGAUGAGAGAGCUUUGUGCUCUGUUUGUCUGUGACUCUGGACUGUCCACACUCCACUGCUCUCUGCAACUUGCCUACUAAGAAGGCUAUCCUCGGCGCCGGUCUCUGGACGAUAGCUCUCAUCCACGGAUGAACAGCCCUGCUCCUACCGGCGCUCCGAAGGGGCCACAUUCCCAUACCACCCAUGGAUUCCCAUUUACACCCGCAUACCGGGAGCCCCGGCCCGGAGCUCCAGGUACACCUCCCCAGCAUUCCAACACACUCUCGCGCGCCAGUGUGCCUGCGCUGCUGUUGCGGUCGCGAUGACUGCGCGCUGCUUGAGCAUAAUCAUGUUGCGCUCGAGGGACUGGAGAAAGACCUUGAAACGGCUGCUAGACUGGGUCAGGCCCUCCUGCACCGCCAUGAAAGCUACAUUGCUGAGGCGGAAGAAGACCGCCAACGGCUUGAAGCAAGCGUGGAUGUGUUAGAGCGCGAAAAGCACCAGGUUCAGGCGGAGAAUGCACGCAUCGCCGAGGAGAACCGCGCCUUACUCGAACAACUCGAAGGUCUGAACAAGGCGGUCUCUGAAUCCGAUGAGCAUGUGCAGUCACUCACUAGGACACUAAAGAGCACACAAGCAGAGCUGCGCCGCGUCACUGUCGCAGCAGCGCGCGCUGCAGACCUUGAGGCACAACUUGUGCUUAUGGAGACGGAACAGUCUCGACUAGAGGAAAAGGUAUCCCUGGUACAGGAGGAUGAGAGAUCUGCCGUGCAGCGCUGGAAGAAUGCCGAGUGUACACUGCGCGAUCUUCAUGACCAGGUUGAGCGCAUUGAGGCCGAAGCGCGCGAGGAGCGUGAGCAACACCAGGAACUAAUUCAGCGUUUGGAGCGAAAACGAGCCGUGGAACGAGAAUUGGACAAUGCAGCCGGCCGUCUUAAGGGCGCCGCAGCUGCAUCUGAACUUGGUCGCAAUCCGGGUACGCAUGUUGUCUCACGUUUUGUCAAGGAUAUCUUGCAGGACAAUGCGAACCUGCAAGUUGGAAUCAUGGAGUUGCGUGAGAUGCUGGAAAGCUCUAAUCAGGAGGUGCAAAACCUGCGUGAACAAAUCCACACUCACCAACCGCUGGCCAGCAUUGGUGGCGAUGAACACGCCGAGCCUCUUCCAUCCACCACCCUUAGCGAAGAGCUUGAGUCGAAGGAACGUCGGGUCUCGCAGGAAUUCCAUAUACAUCACCAUUAUCACACACCCACAUCCUCGAAGAAAGACAAGGGAUCACUCAACCGUCGCGUCAAAAAGCGACGACCAGCUCUUGGAAGCCCGAUUCCUCUUCACUCCGCUAUGGGUGCCCACUCACCUCGUCGCUCUAUUCAUCGCUCACAAUCCUCGGGCUCGUCUAUGAACACUAUUCUUUCUCAAACAUCCGUGUCAAUUCCUCCCACAUCAUCCGCCCGCCGCUGGUCGCUGCAAUCCCCAGCAGCUGACUCCCUCGCAAGCUCUCCGCAGUCUGCGUUCCGCACAUCCUCCAUAUUCGACCGUGUAGAUCGCGGAUACGAUUUCUCUCAACCUACCAGCCCUGAUAGCACCGUGUUUUCCUCGCCAGUUCUUGGAGCACGCAAUAGCAAGGGCUUCGAUAUGCCAUUCCGCCCAUUGGCAGCGCUCGAUGAUCUCGAUAUACCUGAUGUUGAUUCAUCCGAUUAUUUCAAAAAUGGCCACUAUGAGCGGCCAGGGCCUUUGGGUGUGUACGGUGAAAGUGCUACUGUGCACCCAUCCAUCCCGGAAGAGUCGGAGCCAUCUCCGACAAAAGCCUAUCACGAAUCUACCGUACGCAGCCCAGCACCAGCCACGGCGGAAGAAUUAUUUGCGAUGCAAUUUCCCCCCCUGCGCAAAUCAACCUCGCAUGAUAGCUUGCUCUCCGUAGCUGGAAUGGACAUUCACACCCCAGCCACUCGUCAUACCCGCAUGGGUGACUGGCACCCGGGCAUGCGUAUCCCGCAGCGCAUUGUCUCGCCUAGUAUCGAGCUGGUCUCGACACCACCAAUUCUCUCAGCGCCAAUGAUAAUAGCAGACCGCGCCAUAGCACCUGGUCAAUCAUCACGAUCCCUUCUCGCAUCCGUCGCAGCAGGCCAUAAUCUCCCAUCUGAAUCAGCAUCCGUCGUCUCCGCAGACAGCAACAGCACGAGUUCCACCGCCACGCCCUCAACCCGCAAAUCAUCCGCAUUGGGCCGACGUAUGGGCGGCUGGGUGCUCGGCCGGUGGGGCAUGGCCCCUAUCUCGGACAACGCAGCUGAUUCCGACACUGAGACUCCACCAUCGAAAUCAACGACUCAGCCCAAGGCCGUACCCACAGAACCAGACCCUCCGCAGAUGCGCUUUAGAUUCACAGGCGUGAAUCAGAAAGGACCUAUUCUGGGUUUACGUCCUCCGCCACAGGCGCCGAUUAACAUCCGGCCGCAGAACAUCGAUGAAGAGCUUUUGAGGGAGAGUCUUGCUGAGGGGGGUUAAUAGGCUUCUAUUCACUUUCAGUCUGACUGCCAAUAUGCUCUCGUCCAUUCACUUCACUGCUCUCUAAUCGUAUGGCUGGCUACUGCCCCAGCCAUAUUCCUAAUUACAUACAACAUUCUGUCCAUUUCUUUACUUUCGUCACAGUCUCUAUACAUACUCAACCUGCAUUGCAAUCGGAUUUCAUUUGGUUCUCACUUUGGCUUUUUCAUCGAUCGGUCGUUGAUAUAACUGGGGGUUUGCGUUCUUGGUUUCGGUCUAGUUGGUUUUGUUUCAAGUUCUGGAUCCAUCUGAGCUCGUGCUCGUGACUGGACUGGAUGGAUGGCGCUGGUUGUUGCUCGUGAUACCCUGAUGAAGACGUGUUUUCGAAUUUCCUUUUGUUCAGUAAUGACUUGCACGUUUAUGAGAAGGUUGUCGCAUAAGUCCCUAAGAUCUAGAGCAUUGUAUUAAGCAUUUUCUUUAUCGCACUAUUCCGUGA